AUGAUUAGAAACACCGUAUAGCUCUUUAAAUAGUGCGCAAGAUCUGCAACUAUUUUAAAAAAACUUAAUCUUAACUCAUAAAGCUUUAGCAAUACUAUUAAAAUAGGUUAAUUGACUCAAAAGCCAACUUUUCAUUUCUCCAAUGCAGUUUAAGAAGGAAAAGCUGAAAUUACUAAAAAAUUGAAAGAAAUCACAUUUGAAGAUGGAAGUAAUAUUAUUGAUAAUGGAUCUAUUCUCACUAUCGAUAUUGAAUCAAGUGGAAAGGUCACUGUUUAGCUUAAGUUAGAUUAAAAUUACAGAAAACUUAAAGGAUUAUGCAAUGCCAAAUUGUAAGAAAUUCCAUGGAUUAAGGAGUUUGAAAUUAAAAUGGCACCAAAAGAUUAAGAAACAUCUUUCAAGAAGAGAGGUUAAUUAGAAAAUGUCAAAAAGAUUAUUGCUGUAAGCAGUUGCAAAGGUGGUGUAGGAAAAUCAACUGUUGCAAUUAAUUUAGCAUUUUCGCUCCUUAAGCAAGGCCACAAAGUAGGUAUUUUCGAUGCUGAUAUUUAUGGUCCUUCUAUACCAACUUUGAUUAAUAAGGAAAAUGCUAUCCUGCAAGCACCUGAAGAUAGACCUAAAGAAAUACUUCCAAUUGAGUAUGAAGGUUUAAAAACUAUGUCAUAUGGUUUUGCAAGAAAAAAAGCAAUCAUUAGAGGUCCUAUGGUUUCAGCUAUAGUAACAUAGUUGGCUAUGCAAACUCAAUGGGGAGAUCUUGAUUACCUUAUUGUUGAUAUGCCACCUGGUACUGGAGAUAUUUAAAUUACACUUUGCUAAGAAAUUAAAUUCGAUGGUGCUGUUGUUGUCACUACUCCUUAAAAAUUAGCAUUCGUUGAUGUUAUUAAGGGAAUUGAAAUGUUUGAUGAAUUAAAGGUUCCUACCUUAGCUGUUGUUGAAAAUAUGUGUUUAUUUGUUUGUGAUGGAUGUGGUAAAGAACAUCAUCCUUUUGGACCUGGUUAUAUGAAUAUGUUGAAAAACUAAUUUGGUAUUCAAAGUUCUGUUUAAAUCCCAAUAUACGAUAUGAUAGCUAAAUACUCUGACUAUGGUCGUCCUGUAUCUAUCACUCUCCCCGAUGAGCACACAAUUACUAAAAUUUACAGCAGCCUUGCUGAAAAUGUCCAUCAAGAAAUUCUUAAAUUACAAAACGGUAAUAACGAACCUCCUAUCGUAAGAUACUAAACCGGUAAUAGUUUAGUUAUCGUUGAAAAGAAUAAUGGGGAAAUCAAAAAGAUGAAAGCUGAUGUAUUAAGAAAGCACUGCAAUUGUGCUCUUUGCGUUGAUGAAUUUACUGGAAAAAGAUUAAUUAAAGAUGAUACCAUUGAUAACGAAGUAUAUCCUUAUAAAAUAGAACCUAAGGGUAACUAUGCAGUAGCUAUCAUUUGGAGUGAUGGGCAUCGUUCUUCAAUUUAUCCUUAUGACACCUUAUUUUCAGAUAAGAUCCCAGCUUAUGAAGAGCCUGAAAAGAAAAAAAGUGCCUGUUCUACUUCUAAAUGA